AAAAAUGAUUUUUUUUUUAUUGUAAAGCUUUAAAUUACUGUUCAAACUGAUAUCUUAACUUUAUAUUAAAAAUGUAGCUUUCUUCUUUUUCCUCGUCUGCAACAUGACAAGUGAAAUGAGAAAGCGUGAUUUUGAGGGAUACAGAGUCGAACGUCUGCUGUUUCUCAUCCAGCGCGAACAAGAAAAACUAAAUUUCUUCUACGAGAGAAAAUACUGUCGAUUAGAAUGCGGACGAUUUUUCCCUCCAAUUCGGUGUUCGGUUAUUGAGAACCCCGUCAGCGGCGAGAGUGUUGAAAGAGCAGGAGAAGAUGAAGCUAGUCAAAGUGUCCGGUUUUCGAGAGUGUUCGGAACUUUCAACCCUGAUGACUUCCGAGCAGUUGAUGACAGUGAAUUGUGUUCGGGGUGUGGAUACGCUUAUGCAGAUCAUUACAAAGUGUCUCAGCCGCCCCGUUGGACAAUUGAAGACAGUAAGUGGAGAAGAGAACAUCACCUGUUGCACAUAAAGUACAGCGAGAGGUCAUUCGGGGUCACUGUGAGUGAUGAAGUGCUGGGGCUGGAGAAGAGUGCCCAGAUUGCAGUGCUCUCAUCCGACACUCAUCCCGCUAUUGUGAUGGACAUCCUGUGCAACAAAUGGAAACUGUCAAUCCCAGAUAUUGUCAUCUCAGUGGUCGGAACUUCCGAUCGUUUCCCCCUCACGGCUUCCCAGCUGACCCACUUCAAGGGGGGAUUCUGCAGGGCUCUCUCCAGCUGUAGAGCGUGGGUGGUGGGGGGAGGGACUUUACAUGGAGUAGAUGCAGUUAUAACGGAAUGUGUAAAAGCCGAAAUUGGUCAGGCUGUGGUAGACCUGAAGCAAAAGGUCGAGAGUGAGAGCUCGCCAUCACCCACUAUCGUUGACAUGGCAUGAGAUCGAAUACACGAU